AUGUCAACUUUCUUAAAGAAAUGUUCGACAUUUUUCCAAUUUCCUGAAGAAUCAUCGGUAGCACAUGUAGAUGGUCUAGAUCUUUUGACAGUAAAUCGCCAAAAAUCAAUAAUUAUUUUAACAAAUGCUGCAUUAUACAAAUUCAACAUAGAUAAUGACAAUGUAUCACUCGAGUCAUCUCAUUCCAUUCUAGAUUUGGCAAAAAUAUUCUACAGAGAACCAAAUGAAAUAGUUUUGAAUUUUGUUGACCAGAAAUAUCAUCUACAAACAACAAAUUCGUUUACUUUUGCUAAUUCAAUACUUGCUCAAUGCUCAAUUAUCUACUUUAAAAUCAAUAACAUUGAUUUAGUUGUUGAAUCACUCCCAGAGAACUUGAUUACAUAUAAAGAACUUACUAAACGACCUAUUUUACUCCUACAGACAAGGUUUCUCGCGUUUGCACAUCAUUACAAAGUGAAAACAAUUCCAUCAAAUGUAAAAGUAUUCAAGAACUGGGAUAGGAACCCAGUAUCAUCAAUAACACUUGAAUCAUCAACUGAAAGAAUACAAAAUAUCAAUGCUUUUACAAAAGCAAUAGCCUGGGAUCCAAAUUUGUUUUCAUUAAUUUUAAAAAGCUUUUCGCCUGAACAUAUCGUUAACUUUGCAUCACAAGUUGUUAGUAACAGUAUCUUUCUCAGAGCAUUACAUCUGUCAAACUAUAGAAUUUCGAGCCAAAACGAAUUUAAUUUUACUUUAGGUCCUCAAUGCAGAUUUGAGUCAAUUAAUAUAAGUAAUUGCAUCACUACAUUCGUAUUCAGUGUUUUAAAUGGCUUCAAAAACUAUAAAGGAAAAAUUAAAUCAAUAUCUAUAAGUAAUUGUGCUCUAAACAACAUAGAUAGUUUGAAUUUAAUGAACAUAAUAGCAGAAUACCCUUGUUUCAAACAUUUGACGUCAUUUUCCCUUGAAAAUGCCUCAUUUGAAGAUAUAAUUCCAGAAAAAUUCGAAAAUAUAUUUCAAAUGUUCACAAAAAUCAAAGAAAUUUACCUUAACAACAUAAAUGGCGAUGUUUCAAAGCAUGUAAAGGCACUUUUGCGCCAUAAAAACCUAAAUCACAUUGAAAUUGAUAAAUGUACUAUGAAAGAAGCGACAACAAUGGAAAGUUCAUCGGAAAACAUUGUUGUUCUAAUCAUAAGAGAUUGUAUUUUAUCACAAGAAGCAUUAAAAGGAAUUGCUGCAUCGAUUUUAUCCAAGAAACGAAAAAAAUUAUGUGUUUUUGGGCUCCAAGGAUUCAUGAACAGCGACCAAUCACUAUUGUACAUGAAUACACUACUUGAAAUAAGCCCACAACCAGAUAUUAUUGAGUUUGAUUUCCAUGGUUUUUCAAUUGACCAAAAUUCAGUAAAUUCUUUUAUCGAGUUCUUGAAAACUCAAACGAAUUUAUUAUAUCUUGGAGUUAGAGCUUGUUUUAGGAAGAAUACCAACGUAACUUUACCUCUUCUUGCAGAUUUUAUUGUCAAAAGUAGAUUAUCAGGAAUUGACAUAAGUUCUGACAAAUUAAGAGGUACUCCACAGAGUUAUGUAAGUUUUAUUAACUCUUUGACCAAUUGUAAGUCGUUAACUUCAAUUUCUUUUAUGAAUACUCGUUUAGGUGAUAGUGGAGCUCAAUCUAUCAUCAAACUAGCUCACGAACUUCCAUCAUUAGAAGAAAUAUCUCUAGAUAACAUCGAUUUGCCUUCAAAAACAAGCUUCAUUAAUUUAUAUUCUAGAUUACUUGAAAUUGCAAGCCUGAGAUCAAUACAAACACCCAAGAAUGAUAUCCAAAGGCUAGAUUUAUCAAACGACAGCCUUCCUUCUUUGAAAAAAAUUAUUACCAUUAAAAAGGAUGAAUUCACCAAAAACAUUCAAUGCACGAAUACAAGUAUAUGA